AUGGUCUUGGCGUCUGGUUGCCAUGUGGAUGACCUGGGUGAUGUCACGACGCAGUCCACGGUGACGUCAUCGAGGUCAUAGAGUAACCCGGUCAGACUCCGGGAAUAGCGGUCGCAGGGAGCACCCUCUAUGUUAUUGGGUAAGUGUAAUGUGGUGAUGGCUAUAUAAGAUUUUUUUUUUUUUUUUAAAUGUAAUGUUAUCCUGAUGAAAGUUUGGGUUGCAAACGGAAACGUUCACCGGGCAACGACACCAGUAAGUUGGAGUGCGAAUCUAUUUUUUCUGUGUGUGGGUGCGUGUGUUAUGUGUGUGCAUAUAUAGAAUUUUUUAAUUUUUUUUUUAUAUAAAACGAAUAAAAAUGCUAACUUCGGCCAGUGUUUAUGACUAAGUGGCUACUACAAAAGACUGGACAUACCCCAUUUUGAAUACCAUGGGUUGUCUACGUUUGAAAAUGGUAUGCCAUGAUGGGGUUAUUUGACAUUUGUGGGCUACCAUAUGGUCUCAAAAAGCAACACAGACCCAGCAAACUGAAUCGGGCAAGCCCUAUAUUGACCCUGUAACUUUUCUAUUGUUAUUCUCUGGAGCAGGGGUUCCCAAUUAAUUUUUCCCGAAAAAAAUGGCUAUUUAUUUUUUUAAAUGUGCUGGUGUGUCAUGGUGUGUAUAUCUGUGCUUGUAUGUGCCAGUCGUAUAUCUGACACACAGAUAAUCACACACACUGGCACACAGAUGUGUAUCUGUGUGUGUGUGUGUGUGUGUGUCAAGGUGUGUAUAUCUGUGUUUGGAUACGCCGGUGUGUGUAUAUCUCUCUGUGUGUGUAUGUAUCUGACACACUGAUAUACACUGACACACACUUAUACACACAGAUACACACUGACACACACAUCUUGACUCACAAAUACACACACAGUGACAUACACACUGACACACUCAGAUACACACACACAAACACACUGAUACAUACUGGCACACACACACUCUUUGACAGACACACAUACAAACACAUAUACACUCAUUGACAAGAACAGAUACAUUCUCACUGACAAACACAUACACUCACACACUCCCUGACAAGCACACAUUCACUCUCACUGACACUCACAAACACAUACAAACCCCCUAACAGACACACAUACAAUUUUUUUUAUUUUUUUUUAUUUAUUUUUUACAUUUUACUUCACCCAGCCCUCCUACCUUUGGGAGUGCUGGCAUGGAGUCUCUGGGGUCCAGUGGGGCUGGCUGCAGCUUGGCCGGCAGGCUGUCGGGAGGUCUGGAAGACAGGUGAGCGGAGGAGGCGGGCGGCAAGGGAGCUCUGAUCUCCCUGCUCAGCUCCCUUGUGCGCCUCUUAGUGAUGCCGGAGCAACGUCAUAUUACGGCUAUGGCAUCACUGCUGUGCGCGCGAGUGAGCUGAGCAGGGAGAUCACUGCUCCCUCGCCGCCUGCGGCCAUUGUAUUUUCAAAUUUUAAAAUCUUAUCAUGACGGUGAAUCACCAGUAAAAGUGCAGUUUUUGUGUAAAAAAAUAAAAAUGCAAAAACCAAAUAAAAACGCUAGCUUUGGCCAGCGUUUGUGGCUACUAAAUAAGACUGGACAUACCCCAUUUUGAAUACCGUGGGUUGUCUACUUUUACAAAUGUUAUGCCACGAUGGGGUAAAUUUUCAUUCCUGGGCUGCUAUACGGUCUCAAAGGCAACAUAGGCCCAGCAACCCAAUCUGGCAAAUUUCAAUGUGCAAAUAUGGAAAAGGGGAUAACCCUACAUUUGAUCCCUGUAAGUUUGCAAAAACCCAUUAAACCUGUACAUUGUGCCUCUAGGUAUUUAGUGCAUGUGGAAAAUCUCUUUUCAAGGCAUUUAUGCUUCUGCGCUGCAAUGCCAGCGGUAGUUCUAAUUCUGAGGUUUUCCCAUUGUAUUUUGUACCAGUACUUCAUUGGAGAGCUCAGUAAUAAAUCAUACCAUAGCUAUAAUCCCUUAGUUUUAGUGCUUCUAGUUUUCCAUUAUGUAAGUUAUCUUAAAAUAUCUUAAGCAUAGGAUUUGUCACAUAUGAGAGAAACCUUCUGGAAGAGACAUUUAUUGAUAAACCUUGAAAAGGAAUAGCAUGCCAUAUUGUGAUUGUAAAUGUGGAAUAAUGCACCUGGUUACCUUGAAGGACUGUAGAGCCAUGAAACGGUUUUAAUCAAUGAUGUUCAGCACUCUGCCAAUCUAAUGUGUCAUUAAAAUGUCUUUGUCACCUUCUAGGGUCUUUGCAUUAUUUGCAAAGAUCAUUGAUGGUGAUAUAAACGAUUGGUGCAGGGGAAAAAAGUUUUACAUACCUGCUGGCGUCAACGCUUUGCUCUCCCACAGGUGUACAGCAUGUGCAAGGUCAAUUGAUGUUCACUUGCAUAACAUUCAUGCUGAGGGGAGUGCUAGUGACAGCUUUUGUUUUUUCCUGCAGGUGAAGCUGGUGCAGCAUACAUACUCCUGUCUAUUUGGCACCUUCCUCUGUAACAAUGCUAAGGAGCGAAGUGAAAAGCACAUCCAAGAACGCACAUGCUCAGUUUGGUCACUACUGCGUGCCGGGAAUCGGGCCUUCAAAAAUUUGUUGUAUUCCUCUCAGUCAGAAACAGUAAGUUUGUUACCUGUUAUUCUACUGGCCUUUGGCAUGGUGUUUAGAUUUUUCAUUUUACAUGUACACUCCUUUGUACACCUUUGAACAUGCAAACUGCACUCUGAAAUUUAUUUAUUCUGAUUCUUAUUGCAGUUCUCUAAAACAUCCAGAUGCUCUCUCUUAAAUCUCUCCAUCCCAUCUAAUUAUAUGGAACGCAAAUUGCUGAAGUUUGCUUCCUGUAACCUAUCAUUGCCCCUCUUUGAUUCCAUGCUUUCUUAGGUACUGCAUCCUGUAUGCCAUGUGCGGAAUUUGAUGCUGUGGAGUGCAGUCUACCUCCCUGGAUCAUCCCCAUCCACACCUAGUGAAGAGUCUUGCACCCCCUAUCCUGCUUGUGGAUCAUCAGCAGAGGAGCAGCCUCUUUGCAGGUUGGCAGGUUUUAUAUCAUAUGAGAUCCACCUCCCUCACGCGCUUAAAACCAACUUCAAGGCUAUCAUCAAACAUACAGUAAAUAAGAGGAAAAACUUUUUAGUAAGCUCUGAUUUUUGCACGUUGUAACUGAGGAAUUUGAAAUUUAGGUCUGGUAGGCCUGAGGUACUGUGCUCACAGAAGAAAGUUUAGGGACAGCUAUGAGGGUAAUAUGUCUGCACAGUCCACCAGCACAGGACAAAAUAUAAUAAGCGUAACCUGCUUGGAUUAGCUGAUUAAUCUGUGCCUGCUCACUGGCUUUUCAUUUGCUGAAGAACACCACUUCCUUCUGUAAUUACUUCAGCACUCCAGUGUGCCUGGCUCCCCCUCCCUAAAGAUCUAGUAAGGUGCUGAUUAGUAACAGUUUGUCUUCUUACCUAGGGUCCACCAGGUGCCGCUAUGUGAUGCUACUCAACUGGAAGUUUUCUGCAGAGUUAUGCUUGGUAGUGCAGGAUUUAGCUCAUUGGCUGAGAGCGAUCAGGUGCUUCUUACACCCAACGAGCUGCUUAACUCCGCUUUGGAUAGCAAAUGGAAGCUCAUGAGCAGGAGCUUCCAGCCCUCCUCAAGGCUCGGUGGGGGUGGCACAUGGCAGAUCCCAGAUAAGAAGUCAAACUGUUUCACUGUUUUGUUUUGAUUGUGGACAUUCUAGGGCACUCCUGGAACAAUAACCACCAUGCCAUUUGUAACCCUUUUAAAUUUUUGGUAGAAUGCUAUUAGCUGAGAUCAACUGUCAUUAUACCAGGUUCCAAUUAACUCUCGGCUCCUGUGAGCCGAACACAUUUCUUACACUUGAAGGGGCACUUUAGCCACUACAACUUAUUACAGUGCUUAGAGUAAAUAGAAUUUAGGCACUGUUGAUGUGAUUUGUGUCAAAUCUGUCUUUUUAACAAUAAACAGAACUUUCCAAAAACGUCAAGCUUCUCCACUCUGAUCUUUAGUAUUUUUGUUUCUAUAAUUAAAGGAUCUCCAACAAAUAAAUUGCUGGAUUUACUAUAAGAGUUGAUUUCUUAAAUCACCUUUCUGUUGAGUUUGCAUUGCUUUUAACAACUAACUGUUAAUUCUGAUAUUGGUUCUGCAUUCACAAUGUUACACUUCAUUUCAAAUUGUAAAUUUCUUACAUCACAUUAGGGGGAAAAUGCUAUGUUGCUUUAUUGACAUGAAAUGUUUGAUAACCUAUUUUCAUUUUAAUGCAUACCAUGUUUAUGCAAAAAUAACUUGUAGCGUUGAAGGCUAAACAGAUCUGAAUUAAGUAUUCCUCUCUUGCAACUGUCAUUAGUCUAAUACUAUCCUUACCUUUUGUGUCCCUUUACCCCACUCCCUCUAGCAUGUAAGCUCAUUGAGCAGGGCCCUCAAACCCUCUGUUUCCUGUGUGUCCAACCUAUCUGGUUACAACUACGUUUGUUCGUCCACCCACUGUAACGCGCUGCAGAAUUUGUUUGCACUAUAUAAAUAAUAAUAUUUGUACUUACUAAUUUGUUUUGUUUCCAUCCAGGUUACCCAAGACCCGUUCAUAUGAUGACAUACCAACAACCUGUGACAUGACUGUACCUUGCACGAACAGACGCAGCAGUGAUCCAAGCCUCAAUGAAAAGUGGCAGGAGCAUCGACGUUCUUUGGAAUUAAAUAGCCUGGGGAACCCUGGGGAUGAUCUUCAAGAGGGAGAAAGGCUGUCACUGGGGGCACAGCUUUCAAUGGCUGCUGGUGUUGGGGAGGGACAGAUGGAGAACAUCUUGCAGGAGGCUAGCAAAGAGGAAGUGGGGAAUGAAGAACACACAGGUAAACCAGGAAUUGGGGUAGGGAGGACGGGGAUCACAGAGGAAGCAGAUAAUCAUGAGGAGUCAGAGCAAACUGGACAAAAGGAGGAAGGGACUAUUACAGAUUCUUCUGAAAUUGAGAGCUCUGAAGGAGAGUGUGAGAGGUUUGUGGGAACAACAAUUGCAAAUCCAGAGAGAUUGUGUGCUGUUGCUGACCUUUCAAACAAGGAAGAUUGUGAGAAGUAUAAUGCAGAUGUAGUAGAUUAUUCUACUCCAGUAACUUCUGAAGAGGAAGUAGAACAUGAUGUUCCCAAAGAGUUUACAUCUAAUGCCUCUGAACCAGAAGUGGGAGAAGGAGAACUAGUGGCAAAAUUGGAAAGUGAAAUGCAGGGCAUUUUCAACAACCCUUCCCCAACACUUUCAUCACAUCCAGUGCUGGAUGAAUCCACAGACACCCUGACAGAUGACUCUCCGACUUCCUGGACUUGCAGGAUGGAUCAUGUGAGUGCAGCAAAUCAACUGUCUCAGAGUCCUGGUGAGGUAAUUCAGGAUGGCCUUAUUAUGGUGGGACUGCAGAGCCAUAGUGAAAGGACGUGUUCCCCUUCACCCCUCAGUCAUAGUGCCUUCCCAAAAUCUGAAUGCAUAGCAGACACUCCGUGUAACAUUGACCAAUCUUCUCCUCCCAUUCCUGAUGAGCCAUGUCUCAAUGGAGACAACCGAAGAGGAAUGCAGACACUUUCUCGGCAAAAUUCUUGCACAUCCCACUCCCAGACCCAGCUAAGAAACAUCCCACACAAGUGCCCAUUGCAUGGUGGUGGAAGAGCUCGUGUGGGAAAUACCCCUGAGCAACCCGCACGAAACCAUCUAGAUGAUGAUGGAAUGCCACUCUAUGUAGAUGCAAUCCAACAAAGGCUCAGACAGAUGGAGAGUGGUCACCAGCAGGAGGUGGAAACCUUGAAGAAACAGGUGCAAGAGCUUCGCUGCCGUCUUGAAAGCCAUUUACAUAAUAUCCCACAAAAUUUCAAUGGGGAAUUUACAGAUGAGGUGGUGAGUACUUUUGCGUAAUUAAGUGUUUGGGUUUGUUGGUUAAUCACUUUUAGGCAUAUAUGAAAUCACUGUUGAUAACUUUUAUAAUGGGUCUUUUUGAGUUGUAGAAAUCAGUAAUUCCUAAUUAGAGUUACUUGCAACGGAGUCUGUACUGCAGAUGAUGAUGGCAUCCAAGGAUCAGAAACUUUAGACAUGAUGCAGUUUUGAGCAUUUCUACCCACUUCCUGUAUGAUCUUGCACCCUACAGACCUCAAUCCCUGAUUCUGAAAGCAACCGGGAUCCCAGCUGUUUGUCAGGCUGCAGCACAGAACCAUUCUCUGAAGCCAGCUGGGAGCAGGUGGACAAGCGGGACACAGAGGUACAGCUACACUCUGCUCUCCACUCUGCUCUCCACCAUCAUCAUACCUUCUCUUUUUCUGUGGCAGUGUUCUGCAUGGAAACGGAGCUUACUGGAUUUGAUGACAGAUAAGGACCACUUAUCCCUUUCCUUACUUACUUGAACUCUUAAGACCUUGUCUGUGCUUGAUUUUGCUUUUGUGACCUGGCUAACUGUAAGCGUGUCCCAAUCAGUAUAGCCCUCUAGCAUUCUUUGAGGCUAUUCCAUUUGUGGGUUUUUUUUUUUUUCCCCCAUUUUGAAUAUUCUUGCAUUUCUUUAUUUGCGUUAUAGUUCUAUUGUAUCCUCUAGGGAUCGACCGAUAUUGAUUUUUUUUUUUUUUUGAGCAGAGACCGAUAAUAUGGGAACUUUCAGGCCGAUAGCCGAUAACUUACCGAUAUUCUGUACAUUUACCAUUUUGAAAAAAUAAACUAUUUCUAAAGGUAAAUGCACAAAAUAUACAUGCCACAUGUAGUGGAUGCAGUGUGUUCAGACAGUGGAGCUGUGUGUGUAGUGGAUGCAGCGUAUAUUUGUGUAGUGUGUGUAUAUAAUGAAUGCAGAGUGUGUUUGUGUAGUGUGUGUGUGUAGUGGAUGCAGUGAGUUUGUGUAGUGUGUGUGUGUAUAUAUAUUAUACUGAACGCAAAGUGUGUGUAUAGUGAAUGCAGUGUGUGUAUAGUGAAUGCAGUGAGUUUGUAUAGUGUGUGUGUGUGUGUGUGUGUGUAUAUAUAUGUAUAUAUAUAUAUAUAUAUAUAUAUAUAUAUAUAUAUAUAUAUAUAUAUAUAUUGAACUCAGUGUGUCUUUUGUGUGUAUAGUGAAUGCAGUGAGUUUGUAUAGUGUGUGUGUGUGUAUAUAUAUAUAUAUAUAUAUAUAUAUAUUGAACUCAGAGUGUGUCUUUUGUGCGUAUAGUGAAUGCAGAGUGUUUGUGUAGUGUGUAUAGUGAAUUCAGUGUGUUUGUGUAGUGUGUAUAGUGAAUUCAGUGUGUUUGUGUAGUGUUUAUAGUGAAUUCAGUGUGUUUGUGUAGUGUGUGCAUAGUGAAUUCAGUGUGUUUGUGUAGUGUGUGCAUAGUGAAUUCAGUGUGUUUGUGUAGUGUGUGUAUAUAAUGAAUGCAUUGUUUGUGUGUGUAUGUAUAUAAUGAAUGCAUUGUUUGUGUGUGUAUGUAUAUAAUGAAUGCAUUGUUUGUGUGUGUAUGUAAUGAAUGCAUUGUUUGUGUGUGUAUGUAAUGAAUGCAUUGUUUGUGUGUGUGUAGUGUAUAUAUAAUGAAUGCAGAGUGUGCAGUGUGUGUAGUCUGUAUAAUGAAUGCAGAGUGUGUGUUUCUGUAGGUAUGUAAUUUGUGUAAAAUUAAAGGGGGGGGCAUUUUUAUUUAUUUUUUAAUUUGAAUUUAUUUUUAUAUAUAUAUAUAUGAAAAAAACCUUUUUAGUCCCCCCACCCCCCCUGCUUCUUACUUGGUCAAGGAGGGAGAAUAUGGCAUUCCCUGCGGGCCCACAGCAAGCUCUUACUUACCUUCCCAGCAGCUCCCCUGUCUAAAUCUCGAUAAAACGCUCUGACGGACGCGGGACUCGUGAGAUUUAGACAGAGGAGCUGAAGGGAAGUAAGAGCUUGCUGCGGCCCUCCCUCCCCCAGUACCGCCGGGCUUGUCAUGGGCCCGGUGGUCCUGGUAUGUAUUAUUGGCAUCUCUAUAGGCCGGUACCGAUAUUGCCGAAAAUACCAAAUCGGCCGAUAAUAUUGGCCAGACUGAUAAUCGGUCGAUCCCUAGUAUCCUCCGAAGUACAAAAUAUAAAACCAGAACAAAAUGAGUUUAGAGGGUGGGGGAGCCCAUAAAAGAUUGUUACAUACUUUAUACCGAUUAUUACUUUAUACCGAUUAUUACUUUAGUUUCAUCUGGUAAUUGGCAUACAGCAGAUUGCAUUCCUGUAAUUAACAUGAGUAUAUAUUCCAGUUUUUCUUGCCUGCAAAUAAUCGCACUGGGUGUUUUUAUAACAUGAGUAACCCAGAGUAGCCAACAGGUAGCCCUCCAGCUGUAUAGCGUAAAACUCCCAUCAUGCAAGUAAUAGACAAACUGGCUAUAUACCCUUUAAAUGAAGUUGCCCAACAAUUUUUAUUUUAUUUUAUUUUUUUAUGGAAUUUGAUUCGUGAAAAAACAUUUGCCUUGCAAUUUCGUAAGAAACACAAAAACUGAGCAUUUUUUGUAAUGGUUAAUCUGCACUUUGAUAAUUUUCGACUGAUGUCAGGGAAAGGGUGAUUGAUUUUAUGUUUGUUAAUAAAACACUUAAAACACUGUCUGCCCUUUUUGCAAACGCAUACUUUGAAUGAAAUUAUUUGCUAUUUCUAUUUCCUUUUAAAACAAAUGCAUGCAUAUAUUCCAUCCUCUGUGAUUUAGUACAUCACCAGUCUGGUUUGGCUUUCUAAAAUUCCCUCACUGAAUUCUUUGUUUUCUUGUUGUGAUGGUAGAAAUAUUACUGUGUAUGUAAUGGUCUUGCCACAUGCAAUUUAGACCUCUGCAUUUUAUGGUAAACAUUUGAGAGUACCCCAAGAACUGCUAAUAGUCGUCUCUUUUCACCUUUACUAAUGUGAUUACUGUUCACAUUCUGCUAUUGUGAUCUCUUCAAGCAUAAAGUCAGCUUUCGCUUUCAACUUCAAUUUGAACUAGAUGGAAACAUUUUAUCUUAUCUUUUUGUAUUUUUAGGUGACAAGGUGGCUACCAGAUCAUCUAGCUGUGAACUGCUAUAACUGUGAGAGCAAGUUCUGGUUAGCAAGCAGGAAACAUCACUGUAGGUAAGAAGCAGAGAGUCCCACUAAGCCCAGCUGCCAUGUUCCAAAAUACUGAUAAACGCAGAGACUCUAUUGGAAUCCUUCCUACACUCAGCCGUGUUUCACUCCUUACAGGAAUACAGAAGCUGUGGCUGAAACGUGGUGAGCUUCUGUUGAGGUCGGUCAGUCAGUUUGUCCAUUUACAAUCACCAAACUAACAGUGUUCCUACCUUCCCACCCUGAUUUCUUCAGCACAUACACAUCAUGUCACUGGGAAGGUUUGAAGGAGCAAAGAGAUGCCUUUAUUUAGAGAGUCCCAGACAGUCUUGCUAUAAUAGAGUUGUAUAUGCUGAAUGAAAUGAACAGCUUACAUGCUGCGUGUAUGUGUGUGCUUAUGUCAAUAAUUUUUAUUUAUAUAUUUUUCAUACCCUUUUAGAUGUUAUUUUGGACAAAUAAAGUCCAGAUUAUUUAAAUGGUAUCUGAUGAUGCCCUACUAAUUGUAACUUUAAGUGCCAAUUCAUUUGUUGGUAAUAUUUUUUUAAACUUUAAUUUGGACAUCCAAGCAAACAAAGCCCAUGAAAAAGACAAUGGUACACCACUCCAUUUAUUUCAAUGUAUCCUGUCACCUAGCUAAAGUUUGCAUUAUUACUUGUGUCCUAGACAUUUGAACUGUUGUUUAACAGCAAUGACUGACACUUCCUACAAAGUGUCAAGUAUUGAGGUUUUUGUUUAAUUUAAUUAAAAAUCAAAACCAGGAAGUGUGUCAAAACUGGAAAGUUCUAUGCUGUAAUAUUUACAUUUGAAAAAUUAUCUAGCUUGACUAUUCCAUCUUUGCUAAAAUGGCUUAAAAAUUGUAAAUUGUAACACCUUAAAAUUUUAAGUCAGACCGUCGUUCCCCUUUCAAUCAUUCACCCUCCUUAGCGGUGUUUAUGUGAUUGUUAGUGUUCCUUAUAAAAUACUAACAUAGUUAGUACCGUAUAUACUCUAGUAUAAGACGAGUUUUUCGGCACAUUUUUCACUCUUCUUAUACUCGAGUCACUGUCUGUAUUAACUUACAUUGCCAUAAUGCAGACAAGGACCGCCGGGCUCAUUACAAGCCCGGCGGUCCUGUUGGGGGCUGGCAGGAAGCAUUUACUUACCUUUCCUGUCAGCUCCCUUCUCUCUCCUCCGGUCCGGUCAGCUCCUCUGCAAGUCUCGCAACGCUCCGCGUGGCAGUCAGACCGCGAGACUUACAGGGGAGCUGACCGGACCGGAGGAGAGAGAAGGGAGCUGACAGGAGCUGCAGGGAAGGUAAGUUACAGCUCUCUACCAACCCCCCUCCUACACAGCCCAUCCACUGGACCACCAGGGAGUGAGAGCCCCCCUCCCUGGCCAUGUAUCAAGCAGGGAGUGGGGACGAAAAUAAAUAACAUAAAAAUUUUAAUAAUAUAAAAAAAAUAUUAAAAUAAUAAUAUAAAAAUGCCCACCCCCCCACCAAGGCUCUGCAUCACAUACACACACACACUGCACUCAUACACACACACACACACACACUGUAAAUAAAUAUUCAAUUAAUAUAAUUUUUGGGGGAUCCAGUUUUAUUUAGAAAUUUACCAGUAGCUGCUGCAUUUCCCACCCUAGUCUUAUACUCGAGUCAAUAAGUUUUCCCAGUUUUUUGGGUAAAAUUAGGGGUCUCGGGUCGACUUAUACUCGAGUAUAUACGGUAUUUAGUAAAGUGAGUUUCAAAUAUACAGGCAGAGUAGGUGAACUGAAAGCAAAGUUGACUUAGAGAUUUUUUUCAGUUCCGCUAUUUUGGCCGUAAAGGAACACUCCACUGCUCAAAGACAAAAUGCAUAAAAAUCACUGUUUAGUAGUUAUACCCCAAAUUAAAACCUUUUCAUACAUUUAACUUUGCAUUUUUCCAUUUGGGAUAUAUCUAAAAACAACUUGCAAACCCUCCCCUUCUAACCCUCCAAGACUACCUGUGACUGUCCAAUCACAGACUUCCCAAUGCAGCUCAAUGAAAAUUAUUUGAAGGCAGGUCCUUUGAGCAAUUGCUGCCUCUUGAGUUUAGCUCCAUUGAGCUAACCAAACCAAGAAGUGACAGGAUUGUUUGUCUGCUUGAAAGCCAAAUGAGUGUUAGCAGGUUAAUUUAUAAAAGUGUCAAUUUCUUGCAAAAUGAAAAAAGAGGACACACUCUUCACACAUUAAGCUUUUCAGCAAGUUAAAGUGCUUUAGGGGUCUUGAGUGUCCUUUCAAAAGGGACACUCCAGACACCAUAGCCACUUUAUCUAAUUUAAGUUGUUAUUGUGCCAGGAUGCCUCUGGGCCAACCCUUGGCUUAAGGGGUUCUCUAACUGUUUAACCCUAAAGUGUACCUCCAAUGCCAAUCCUAAGAUUCCCAAGCAACAACCGACUUCUGAAUCUCAGUUUCAGGAAGCGCAGGGGCAAUACUGAUUGUCUUUAAACUCUAAGCCAAUCAGUAGCUCCCCAUUAAUACUACGGAUUGAGUUAGAGAGCCUCAUGCCACUGUGACAUCACUAGAUGUGUAGAGGUGAGCAGCGCAGAGGAAGUCUGUGCACUGUAAAAAGGUGAGUAUAUUCUUUUACAUUUUUAUUGCACUCAGCAGUGGGACUGAAAAAGAGUGGGGACAGGGACACUAUAGCGUUAGGAAUACAGAUUUGUAUUCCUAAUGCAAUAUUGUUCCUUUAAAGUAAUAGUCGCCUAACAUGAUGUUGUUAUAGUCAUAAGUAAAACAUCCUACCAAACCACUCUACUUCAUAGUAAUGCCCUGUUGAUGUAUUGGUUAGUAUUAGGCUCUGGAACUAUUUGGGGCUUUUUCUUUUUCCCCAUUCACAGUCUUUAGCUAAAUUGUAUGUUUGUAGAAUGGUGUAUUUGUGCUAAUGGCAAUGAUGGGGAUAGAUUUCUAGGAACUGUACAGAGAAUGCAAUAGGAAUAUCUUCUGUAUAUGUACUGUGGGCUGGAGGAAGUUGAGAUCUAUAUAUAUGGGGGAAGCAGUUAGAGGGUCAAUUAGAAGGUCAAAAGAAAGUGAAAUAAAAUUGGGGCAGUAUCGAAACCAAAAAAAGUUUGGCUUUUAUUUUUUUUUUGGUGUGGCUUUGGCAGCUUUUUGCGCUUGGUGCCUAGCGGCAGGGGGCAUACCAUUUAGCAACAGUUUGCCACUUACCUGGUUCCACCUGGCAUCGAGCCUUCAGACAUGGCUGCUAACCAGCAUCAGGCUUCUGCAGAGCCAAUCCUGAUGUUCAUUCAUUUCCUGAGCGCAUCAGCUAAUUUUUUGUUCUCGGCCGGCUAAUGAUGUACUAAUGACGCUGCUGGAGGUGGAAUUACACUUCUUACACCAACAUUAAAAUAUUUGAGCAUGAGCAGUGUUUCUUAUUGAAACUUUGGAUCUACAGACUCCAAGCACUAUCACUACUUCAAAACAUGGGAGUGAACAUGGUGUUUUGACAAACCCUAAAGAAAAGUUUCCGAUACCAUGGUUUAUGUCAGAAUAUGUAAAUGGUGUCCUACAUUAGGAUCUACAAUAUAUAGGAAACAAAUAUUAUAGAUUAUCCACCAACUCUGAAUAAAUAAUAAACCUACCACUGUAUGUUUUGUGUAGGCAUUGUGUUGAUCUAUCUUCUGUCUAAGAAACUGUGAAUGGCUAACCAAAUGCCUAUAAUUUGUGGAUUUUCUGAAAGCAGUCAUUCUCCCUUUUUGAGAUUGCUUUAUGAUACAGUGCAAUAAUUGAUUGUAUAUAUUUAGACACUAAAGCACUUACACAUAGCAACUUUUAUAUCUCUAUAGCUCUGGUUUCAGACCUGAUAAGUCACAGUAAAAUAUCAGACAUCUUCCUAUGUACAGGGUCUUUUUGGACAGCUGUCCGAAGCAGCAACAUAGAUUAGACAGCCAACUCCUCCUUUACCUCCAUGUUCACACCAUUUCGUUGUAGGUAGUGCAUGUUUGUGUAGUACAAAUAUUUGGACAACUGAGGCCAUAAAAUCUCUGCAGCUGAGUGGGUAGUCUAUGAUGCUUGGGAAUUUAUUUUGUCACGUUUCUUGAGUACAGUUUGUAAAAAAGCCAAAUGACUGCACUCAUUGCUUCCCAGCAAUAUACCACUUGCAUUAUAAGCAGUGUUUAUGAUGAUUGAAAUGUCUCUUUAUUAUGAAUGUGUUUAUAGAAUAGUGUGUAUAUUUAUAUAUUGUAACCAGUUUGGGACAAACCAGUUCUUUUGGUAGUGUUUUAUCACCAUCACAUUAUUAUUGUUGUGCAUGUGCUAUAUCCUUCUCCUGAGCACGCACACUUACUGCAGUUGCAUGCUUUUUCAAUAGAUUUGUCAAGCCUUGUUUCCUUGUGUCUCUUCUAAUACCUACAGAAUUCUGUCAUUGCACUGUAUAAAAGGCUUUAUUCAAACAGCGGUUCAUACCACAAAAAACAAACAUGCUUUUUAUGCGGAAUUACCAAGCUUAUGUAUUUAUUGUGCAUUUCUGUGCACUGCAGCAAAAUUCAUAUUGCUUGUCCACCAACCCAUGAGACCAAAAAUGGCAGCAUUUUAUUUACAAAUCAAUUCCUACUUAUGUUAAACAUGGGUUUAAAUAUUGGCAAUUUGUUGCGGUUUUAAAGACUCUAUCAUUAUUGUAUCCUACCAGCACAGGAAAUAUAAUGUGGUUGGUGAAAAAUAAAGUAUGUUGUUUUUUUGGGUUGUGCCAAGGCAUCUUCCAUCAGUGAUAUGCAGCUACAGUGCUUGAGGACUUGCUAACCCUUUGUGUUACACAGUUUAAAUAUGUUGUUCUCUCUCUCUCUCUCUCUGAAAGGAAUUGUGGGAAUGUUUUCUGCUCCAGCUGCUGUAAUCAGAAAAUGCCAGUUCCUAGCCAGCAACUAUUUGAGCCCAGCAGAGUUUGUAAGUUGUGUUACAGCAACUUGCACCCCAGCCUGGAACUGGAAAACCCCAUUACGGCUUCUUCUAACUAG